AUGAACCACAAUCAGGCUAUCAGCCUUUAUUCCCAGAUAUUUAACAUUCAAGGAUCUAAGAAUUCCCAAUUCUAUAAAUCAAUUUUUACAACACCAAUCCAUUCUGAAUCAUUAUUAUCAGUGUUAGUAUCCAAUUCAGAGUUCAUAUUGAAUUAUCCAUCUCAUCAGAACGUAUGGAUCAUACAAGCUAUAUUAGAGAAUGGUAUCAGACUAUUAGAAGAUGCAGUUGAAUUCCCUCAUGAUGAAGAAGCUAAAGCUUCCAAACCAACAGUAAGGAGAAGAUCUACCGCAACUAGUCUCUCUGCUAAGGAUAUUGAAUCGAUAAUUAGUACACCCAUGCCACAUAAUUCAUCUUCAUAUGCAUUUGAAUUGGAUGAUGGUGGUGAUGAUAUAACAGCAUUGAAUGGGAAUUUGAAUCCCUCUUCUGAAUUUGAUGAUGGAGACGACAUAACAAAUUUAAAGACUAAAUCCAGCUACAAUCAAGGUACUGGCAUAAGUGGAAGUGCAACUAAUAUCACCACUCGUUUACGUAACCCAUCAUUAACUUCAAUGGAACCAAAGGAAUUUAUUGGUAUUGAUGAAGGAUUAAGAAUUGAAUUAACUUCUAAUAUAUUAUCAAUAUUGAAAGUGUGGUUCACUUCUGUUAGUGAAGUCAAUGAUAAAUUCAAAAAAAGAAGAGGUAGUAACACCACAUCACAAUCAUCCAGUGAAUUACUUACAAACUAUUUCGGUACUCCUGGUAAUAAACAAACUUUAGACGAUAGUUAUUUAUUACGAUUAUUAACCAUAUUGAAAUGGUAUCUUAACAAGGCUUUGCUUGAAAUUGAAGUAUCUAAUGCUGAUGAAUUUGCUAAUCUUAUAGUUCUUAAAGAAAUCUUGUUUUUAUUGUCAGAAAUAUUACGAUCAAUUUAUUCAUCAAUAUUAUUUUAUAAAGAAGGAGAUAAUGAAUUUACUAUAAUCCAAAGUUUAUUAUUUACUUUUUAUAAGGUUAAUUUUUCAAAGAUUUUCUCCAAGAUGCUAGACUUGACGAAUGCAAAGAAAGUUGGAGAAGGAGAGUAUGAAGCUUCUAAGAUUCGUCUUUCAUUAGAAACGUUGACGAAAUUAUAUUCUAUAUCAAGUAUUUUAGUCAUGAUUCCAGAUAGUUUGAUUCCUGUUAAUCCGAUUACAUUGUCAUCUGAUAUAACCAAUAUGCAACAUGAAUCUCCUAACCCUUAUGAACAAUACCUUCAAUCAGAAGUUAAGUUUGAUCAAGAAUCGUUCUAUUAUGAUAUUUCUCUGAGAUUGAUUCCUAUAUUAGCUAUAGAUUUUAAUUAUUGUUAUCAAUUCAGACCUGAUAUAAUGGUUGCCAAUAUUCAAAGUGGUUCUUUCUUAACUUGGUUUACAGGUUCGAGAUUCAAUGAUGAUUUAUAUAUAACAUUCGAUACAGUACAAAAUGUUACUAAUAUUCAAAAUAAUUAUCAAAAUUUAAGUAUUACUAAACUGAAAGAUGAUUCUUACUUAAGUGAAUUAUUUUCAAUAUAUACAAAACGGAUCAAGAAGCAACAGCUUGAUACUGAUGAUGAUGAAUUACAUUUACCUGAAUUAUUACCUAUUACUAUGCUACUCUUUACCAAUACUAUGAAGAAUCAAUCAUUCACUUAUCAAUUCACGAAUCAAAUCUAUCCCAUCCAUCAUCAUAUUGAAGAUAUAGUGGCUAAUGAAGAUACCACCAUUGAAACAUUUGAUAUUUGGUUAUCAAUCUUAUCAUAUGUCUGCCAAUAUCAAUAUAAAUCACCAUCAUUACAAUUAAUUGUGAAAUUAUCCUUAAUUAUAUUAUUAAGAUUGAUUAAAACAUCAAGUGAUAAUUUAAAGGUGUAUAAAAUCAAUGAAUUCAAAUGGAAAUUAACACAUCAGAAAUCACCUAUCAUCCCAACUAAUAAUGGAAAAUUAGGUAUCAAAGGAAGUUUAUUUUAUAUUCUUGAUAUUAUUCAAAAUUUGAUUAGAUUCAAUUUAACUAAUAAGUUAAAUGUGGUUAAUUUCAGAUUAAGUAUUAAUAUCAUAUAUCAAAUCGUGGAUAUAUUUAAAAGAGAUAGUGAUUUAGAAUUAGGGAAUUAUAAUUGGAAAGAAUUAUUCAUAACGAUCUUCAAUUUAUUAAACUUUAUUAAACGUCAAAAUCUUUUCAAUUCGAAAUAUUUCAUCAUUUUAAAUCAAGUUGAUCAAUUAAAAGCCAUGAUUGAAGAAAUAUUACUUAUCUUGGAUCAAUUAUUGAUUCCCAGAUUUAAUCAAAUUGUUCAAAUUAAUAAUAUUGAAGAUACUCAUAUGAUUGGGAAUGGAGGAUUAUUCGGUGCUCAUACUUAUAAGUCCAUCAAUUAUGAUUUAAUAUAUCAUAUUUUAUUGAAUUAUGAAAUGAUAAGUCGAUAUUUAUCAUUAUUUGAUCUGAAAAGGUUUAAGAAUCUUACCCAUUGUUUACAAUAUUUUGAGAAUGAAUUCUAUUUAACUGAAGAAUCUAAGAAGAAUGGAACUAGUGAUUCGGGUUCAACUAAAUUAGAUUUGUUCGAUCAUGAUUUCGAUAGUCCAGUGCUAAUUAAAAAGAUUCAAUCAUUCACAUUAGUUGAUGUACAGGAUACCAUAGCACUUAAAGAUCCAAUGUCUGAAGAUGAGUAUACAUUUAAGGAUACGUUGAAAUAUACAAGACAAGAAAGAGUCACUCUUGAAGAUGAAGAAUUAUUCAAACUAUUUCAAAGUUUAUUAUCAUUAAAAUUGAAUUAG